CAAUGGAUAACUUUUCUGCUGCAUCGGCGUUCCUGACCGAUAGCUUAGAGCUGGAGCUGGGAACAGAAUGGUGCAAACCCCCUUGCUUUUCUUGUGCUUUUGACAACAGAGGAGGAGGAAAAAAUUUUUCUGGAGAGUCUUACCUUUCCAGCGGAGCCCUUAAGCGAUCAAUUUUAAAUCUCGAUCCUUUACCAACUAAUUUUGAAGAGGAUACAGUAGAAAUAUUUGGCAUUCAGUGGGUUACUGAAACAGCAUUAGUGAAUUCAUCUAGAGAGCUCUUUCAUUUAUUCAGGCAACAACUGUACAACUUGGAAACCUUAUUACAGGCCAACUGUGAUUUUGGGAAGAUAUCAACCCUACACUGCAGAGCAGACAAUAUUAGGCAGCAGUGCAUAAUAUUUCUCCAUUAUGUUAAAGUUUUCAUCUUCAGGUACCUGAAAGUACAAAGUGCUGAGAGUCACGUUCCUGUCCAUCCCUAUGAGGCUGUAGAGGCGCAGCUUCCUUCAGUGUUGGUUGAUGAGCUUCAUGGAUUACUCUUGUAUAUUGGACAUCUAUCUGAACUUCCCAGUAUUAAUCUAGGAGCAUUUGUAAAUCAAAACCAGAUUAAGCUUUUUCCACCAUCAUGGCAUUUACUGCAUCUCCACUUAGAUAUCCAUUGGCUGGUGCUAGAAAUUCUUCACUUGCUGGGUGAAAAAUUGAAACAAGUUGUAUAUGGUCAUCAGUUUAUGAAUCUGGCAGGUGACAAUUUAACCAAUGUCAGCCUAUUUGAAGAACACUGUGAAGGUCUGCUUCGUGAUUUAAUAUGCUUGUCACUCAACAGGUAUGGCAAGGUUAGGCCUUCUGAAGCAUUAAUGAGUCAACAUUGCCCAUGUCUGUGCGUUAAAGAAUUAUGGGUUCUACUCAUUCAUCUUCUAGACCACAGAAGUAAAUGGUCUCUCUCAGAAUCAUUUUGGAACUGGUUAAAUAAACUACUUAAAAUACUCUUUGAAAAAUCAAGUGACGGAAGAAGACCUUCUGUGCCUGUAAUACAGUCCAGGGAUCCAUUAGGUUUUAGUUGGUGGAUUAUUACUCAUGUAGCAUCAUUUUACCAGUUUGAUCGCCAUGGAGUACCAGAUGAAAAGAAACAAAUGGUAUCAAAUUGGAACUUUGUAGAAGAACUGCUGAAAAAGUCUGUCAGUGUUCAGGAUGGUAUACUGGAAGAACAAUUACGAAUGUAUCUUCAUUGUUGCUUAACACUUUGUGAUUUCUGGGAGCCAAAUAUUGCAAUUGUCACCAUUCUAUGGGAAUAUUACAGUAAGAACCUGAAUAGUUCCUUCAGUAUUUCUUGGCUUCCUUUGAAAGGCCUUGUUAAUAUCAUUAGGUCACCCUUGUCUAUGCUUGAAAUGGUGAAGACAUGCUGUUGCGACAAACAAGACCAUGACCUAUAUAAAUCCAGUAGUAGUUAUACCAUUUUCCUUUGCAUUUUGGCAAAAGUUGUUAAAAAGGCAGUGAAGAAUAAUGGCCCUCAUCCUUGGAAACAAGUCAAAGGAAGAAUAUAUUCUAAAUUUCAUCAAAAAAGAAUGGAAGAACUCACUGAAGUUGGUCUACAGAACUUUUUCAACCUUUUUCUCUUGUUAGCAGCUGUUGCAGAGGUGGAAGAUGUAGCAAGUCAUGUUUUAGAUCUCCUGAAUUUCCUCAAGCCUGCAUUUAUAGCAUCUCAGAGAGCCCUAAUUUGGAAGGGUCAAAUGGCCUUCCUCUUGAUGUAUGCCCAGAAAAAUCUGGACAUUGGUGUUUUGGCUGAGAAAUUUUCAUGUGCUUUUCGGGAGAAAGCAAAGGAAUUCUUGGUAUCUAAGAAUGAUGAAAUGGUACAGAGACAGACUCUUUGGACACUUCUUUCCAUCUACAUUGAUGGUGUUCAGGAAGUAUUUGAGACCAGCUAUUGCUUAUAUCCUUCCCAUGAAAAACUGCUUAAUGAUGGAUUUAGUAUGCUUCUGCGAGCUUGUCAAGAAUCUGAACUCCGGACAGUAUUGAGCUUUCUACAAGCUGUUCUGGCUAGAAUCAGGAGUAUGCAUCAACAAUUGUGUCAGGAACUUCAAAGGGAGAAUGUGAACCUAAUUGUACAGUCGUCAUUAUCGGCUAAAGAGCGCCACCUUGCUGCAGUUGCUAGUGCACUGUGGAGACAUUUCUUUACAUUUUUGAAGAGUCAAAGAAUGUCACAGAUAGUGCCUCUCUCACAACUUGCAGAUGUAGCUGCAGAUUUUACUUUGCUAGCAAUGGACAUGCCAAGCACGGCUCCAUCAGAUCUUCAGCCUCAGCCAGUUAUAUCAAUAAUUCAGCUUUUUGGUUGGGAUGAUAUCAUCUGGCCCCAAGUCGUAGCAAGAUAUUUAAGUCAUAUCCUACAAAAUAGCACAUUAUGUGAAGCACUUUCUCAUUCAGGCUAUGUAUCUUUUCAAGCCUUAACUAUAAGAUCUUGGAUACGUUGUGUUUUGCAAAUGUAUAUUAAAAACCUCUCUGUGCCUGAUGAUUUGUUCAUUGAUAUAAAUCCUGAACAGGCAGUUGAAAAAGAAUACAUGGAACAGUUGGCUGAACUGACAAGAUUGCUUUUUAAACUCUCAGAAGUAAAGAAUAUUUUCUCAAAGGCUCACAUUGAAUAUGUACCCAUCUCAGAAGACCCUAAAAAAGCACUUAUUCAAUUCCUUGAGGCUGUUGGUAUAAAUUACAGGAAUCUCCAGACACUUCCUGAUAAAUCUGCCAUGGUCACAAAGUCCUUAGAAUACCUUGGUGAAGUAUUAAAAUAUAUAAAACCUUAUUUGGGGAAAAAAAUGUUCAGUUCAGGGCUGCAGCUGACCUAUGGAAUGAUGGGAAUUCUUGUUAAAUCAUGGGCACAAAUCUUUGCCACUUCUAAAGCCCAAAAAUUACUAUUCCGGAUCAUAGAUUGUUUACUGCUGCCACAUACCGUGUUACAGCAAGAGAAGGAGUUGCCUGCACCUAUGUUGGCUGCAAUUCAGAAGAGUCUUCCUUUGUAUCUCCAGGGCAUGUGUAUCGUGUGUUGUCAGUCUCAAAAUCCAAAUGCCUAUUUGAAUCAAUUGCUAGGGAAUGUUGUUGAGCAGUAUAUUGGGCGGUUUCUUCCAGCUUCACCAUAUGUUUCAGGUCUUGGACAACAUCCUGUUUUGUUGGCACUGAGAAACUCAGCCACUGUUCAAUCAAUAUCACCUCUAAAGAAAUGCAUUGUGCAAGUCAUAAGGAAAUCCUACUUUGAGUGGAAAGGGUCCUCACCCCCUCCUCGCUUAGCAUCCAUUCUGGCCUUCAUCCUCCAACUCUUCAAGGAAACUAACACAGACAUUUGUGAGGUUGAACUACUCCUCCCUGGCGUCUUAAAAUGCUUGGUGUUGGUCAAUGAACCCCAAGUUAAAAGGCUGGCCACAGAGAACCUGCAAUACAUGGUUAAAGCCUGCCAAGUGGGGUCAGAAGGAGAACCUGCCGCCCAACUGACUUCAGUGUUUAGGCAGUUCAUCCAGGAUUAUGGUAUGAGGUACGAUUAUCAAGUUUAUAGCAUUUUAGAAACAGUAGCAGCAUUGGACCAGCAGCUUGUUAUCCAUUUGAUUUCUUCCCUCACUCAAUCUUUGAAGGAUUCCGAGCGGAAAUGGGGCCUUGGCAGAAAUAUUGCACAAAGGGAAGCCUAUAGCAAACUUUUGUCUCACCUAGGACAGGCAGGACAAGAUGAGAUGCAGAGACUGGAAAAUGAUAAUAGCUAAUAUAUUUUGUGAUUCAUUCUCUCUAUUGAUUAUCACUAUCUAAAACCACUUUGCACC